UCCUGGUUUUUUUUUCUUUCUUUCCAAAGCGAGCAUGGCCAGAGAUCCCUCGAAAAAGAAAUAAAAAUACAACUUACAAAGAAAAAGUAUACUUCAUUUUCGCUUUACUUCUUUCCUCUAUUUCUAUUCUCAUUUUCUUUUGGACCCAGCCAAAGAAUGGAUGUAAACGAGAGAACAAGAUACCUCACGCAUCGCCAUUCUUUUCCGCCUUAUAAUGCUCGUCGAACUGGUGUGAAUGUGGCCGAUCUCGGACCACUAACGGUCAUGUCCAUCGAUUCAUCCAACACAUCCAUCACGUCUUCGUCGUCAUCGCAAGAUAUCGAGGAAAUUCAAUGCUGUUCCUCUUCCUAUUACCGUCACGACCCCAACGAAUACUCCAUGUGGAUGCACGAAUCCAUACUCAUCAGUCCACUCACAGAAGACAAUCUGAAAAUUCACACGGAAAUGCAUUACAGUCCGAGUAGUACAAAGUUUGGAUGGAUCGAAUCGUUUGUUGAAUCGCAAAUCGAGAUCCUAAUUCUUGAGGCUGAGUUGGAACGUCGACGAUGGGCCGACAUCCGAUCAUUAAUCCCGCUGGAUACUCAGUCGUUGGACGACGGGGUGAUCCAAGACACAUUUCCGAUCGCCGAAAACGAUCAGCCCAAUACAUCUUCUUGUAAACGUCAACGGAAGAAAUCCCACUGGUUACGAUCCCUGAUACAUCGAAAACCGCGCUCUGAUCGUCCUUCUCCUCCUCCCGUGGCGGGAUCCACUCGAUUGGAAAAGCGACCUUCCAUGGGAUCUUUUGAUCAAUAUCAGCAAGAAAAAGCCCGGUUGAUUCAGUACGGUUUAUGUGGUUUCCCACGAUCGAAACGUAGCAGUGAUAAUACAACAUCGAGUAGCACACAGCACAGUUUGGCAUCUUUACUGUUUGCCGAAGCAUGUCAGCAAACCAUGGUAACCGAAUGGCCCUCCUCACCGUCGCCGCCUACCACGCCAAAACGGGACUCAGGUAUCUCUUUAUUUGCCGCUUUAUCUUCCUCGGCUUCCUUACGAUGGUCGCGGCGUUGUCGCCGCUACAAUGAAACUUCAAAACAUGGCGGUUCGUCGUCGUCUUCUUCCUCCUUAUCAUCUACUAGUCAAUUCCUCGCUAUUCGAUACCCCAAACUCGUCCGAAUGCAUGCACUCCGUGCAGCUGCCAUUCAGAUUCUUUCCACCAAUGCGAAACAUGCACAUUAUGCAACAAGCCAUGCUUGUUGCUGUGUCAACGAACCAUAUCAAUACAAUCAUUAUUUAUCCUCUUAUUCUGUCACCCAACCUCCUUUGACUUUUCAUCCAUAUUCUGCAUAAUUUUUCUUUUUCACACUGUUGCAUUUUGUUUUAAAAAAAUAUUCUCAAUCGUUUGCUAUUUAUGAAUAUUCUUGUACAUACAUUUUAAUAAACAUAUU